AUGGCUUCUGUCAACUCCCUGCCGGCUGCCAAUAGUGCAUCCGGCAAUACCGUCAAUUCGUCUUCACAGAACUCGGGUUCCAGGCCUUCAUUGAGAUCCAGCGCUAACUCCAAGGCGGAUGGAGGUCGCCGUCAGACAGGCAGUCCGCUAGAUGGAGGUCAGAGGCGCAGUAACUCCCAGAAGGCUUGGACCCAAGGCACGAACCCGAUUACUCAGAGGUCUUCGUAUUCGCAACAGAACGGAAAUAUGGCCCAGAAACAGAAUGCUGCCCCUAAGCCAACAUCAAAAGAGUCGAACACACCUGAUAAUCAUGCCCAUGACCGCCUUGUUUUCUUGGUUACCAGCUUUAUUGGUUUGACCGCUACCAUCACCACAAAAAAUGGCGAGAAGUACACUGGAAUAUUCUCUUCUUCCUCCCUUGAGCCUAGCGAAUCAUCCUUUGUCCUCAAAAUGGUACAGCGCCCAACGAAGCAAGAGCAAAACCGGGCGAAUGGUGUAAGCGAUGCUACAAGUCCGUUUCUAGGAUCUGCACCAGAUCACAGUAUGUCGUUCGAUAUAAAGGAUGUGGUGGAAAUAUCCGUCCCCAACGUCUCUACAUCCGAUGUUACAGCAAAAGGAACAAAUGGUGCCUCUACUGGCUUCCGAACCGAUGUCGACAUUUCUGGUAACUUGGCGAUACGCGAGCGAACCUUGAAGCGCUGGGAACCAUCGGCAGAGACCGAGGUGGAUUUGUCCUUGGAAACUACCAAAACUUCAGCUGGCUGGGAUCAGUUCGAGACCAAUGCACGGCUGUUUGGAGCCACUAGUAGUUAUGACGAGAAUCUCUACACUACCCGGAUCGACCGUUCCGAUCCGACUUACAAGCAUAAGGAAGCAGAAGCCGCUCGUAUUGCACGUGAAAUCGAGAACACCGACGUUGACAAUGCGCAUAUGAGGGAAGAACGAGGGAUAACAGUGCCAGGAGAUGGUGGUGACGAGGAAGACAAAUACAGUGGUGUCCGACGUGACGAGAGAAACUUCCCACCCCUUGUCUCUGGGCAGCCAAACAAGUACACGCCGCCGGCUCGUCGACAGGCUGCCGCUCAAGCUGCCGCAACUCCAAGUUCCUCCGCUAGCACUGUGAAACAGGUACCCAAGGACACAACGCCUUCUUCGGCACCACCGCCUAAAGAUAGCACCGCAUCGCAACCGGUACCUUCGGCUACAGCUCCCAGCGCCGCUUCUGACGCAGAGAAGUCUGUCUCGGCGAAGCCUCCAUCAGCCACCGGCGCUGUACCGAAACGGACUGGUACGGAGAAUGCUACCGCCAACGUAGAAGCUGAAGUGCUAGAUCACUUCCGUCAGUUCGCCAACAGCGAGAAACAGAAAAUGCAGGAACGCCGCCGUAACCAGGCGUCCUAUGAUCGCACAAUCAAACUCAACGAACUGAUGAAAUUUUCGAAGAACUUCAAGCUCGCUACGCCAGUCCCCAAGGAUCUGGUACCUAUCCUUGCCAAGGACCCUCAUAAGCAGGAAGAAAUCAUCCAGAGAGCUCAGCAGCAGGCUGAGGAGAAAACAUCAUCAACCAAGACCUCUCCGACGCCUGAGCAGAAACAAACGCCUCGUGCCCCGGUCUCGGCUCGCCAUGACAGCGGAACAACGCCAGCAGCGACACCGUCCGAUCGGCCGGCCUAUCCUCGUGGUCGCCAGGUGCACCCUCCUACUGGUCCGCACGCGGGUUCUGGUGCGCGACCCCAACACCAGACAAUGAAUCCACCUCGUCAAACUACGGGGAUGCUCGGGCAUCGCCUGGCCGACAAUCUUCAGCAGCGGAAAGGUGCCGCAAUGGGGACUGUUCCUGCGCCUUUGCCUAUUCAAGACGUUCGCUUACCUCCAACUGGCCCCGCUGGUGACCAGUCCGGCGUAACCAGCCCAAGCAAAAUGCAAACGCCAACGUCUUCUGCGUCCACAAAGUUCAAUGUGAGAGCCCUAGAGUUCAAGCCCAACCCAGCCGCAAGCACAUUCACCCCAGGUGCUUCGUCCAGCGCAGCACCCUUGGUCGGGGGUCGUUCUGUUUCUCGUGCCACUAGCCCAUCUGCAUUCUUCGGUGCUAAGAAGCCACGGCCCGUCACUGAGCGCCCGUCUCUCAAGAACCAAUUCAACCCUAUUAAACGAAUGAAGAAGGAGAGCGCGGAGCAGACCGAGAAGGAUUAUACUUUCAACGGAGGAAUUCCGCCAGCAUAUAAAACCCUCCCCACCUGGGACGUGGCUUCUGGCAAUGAAGAGAAGACCUAUCUGCAGAUGUUCAAGCCUCCUGUUACUGUUCCAGCCAUCUCUCCCCAGAACCGCUCAGCAUCUAAUCCCCAGGCUCCUCAUCAACCCCACAUGCCCUUCCAGUUCCCCCAGACUACACCAGGCAUGCCUCCUGUUUCUGGUCCCCCACAUGGGCCUCACCUGCAUCCCCAGCACCACGCAUCUGGUCCACCUCACUUUGACGACCCUCAUCGGAUGCAAAUGUCAGCCUCAACUUCUCAGGUCUUCCCCUCUCCUAGACUUCAACAUGGGUAUCCUUCUCCCAUGGCCCCGCAUGCACAGCUAGCAUUCGGACAGCCUAUGCCACAAUUCUACGUCAACCAAGGCGGCCCCCAACCCGGUCCUAUGAGGCCCUACCCAGGUGCUCCUCAGUUUAUGAACCCGCAGGCCAACAUGGGUGCCCCCAUGAUGGUCCAGCAACCUUCCAGCGGUCCUUACAUGGGUGUCCCUCAGGGUAUGGCCCCUUACACGCCUCAGAUGCAGAUGUAUUCCCCGAACCCGGGUCACGCCUACCCGCAGCAUGCGCCGCCUCAGCCGCACAGCGGCUUUCCGAGCCCCAGCCGCGGUGCCCCAAUGAUGAUGCACCAAAACUCCCAACAGGGCCAGCCGCCGCAGCCAGUCAUGUUUAUGUCUCCGGGGCAGCAUGGACAGCCCGUCUAUGCAGCUCAGCAGCCAGGUCACAUGCCUCCCGUUCGGGGCAACUAUCCACAACAGCAGCCGCCCUUCCAAUCUAGCCCGCAUCAGGUGCAUCACUAUCCACCCCACCAACAUCGUACCCCAAGCAGCGGCUAUAAUCAGAUGCCCCAAAUGCCACCCCAGAUACCUGCUCAAGCACCGCCGGCCGCAGCGUCGGUCCUCAGCCGCCAGACGCUGCAGAUGAGGUGA